CACACACACACACACACACACACACAAAUAAUAACGGGAAGGACCGUUUGUCAACGAAGGCAGUUUUGAUCAGGAGAAGAACAAAACCAGUUUGGCAUUUUCUUAGUCCACAUCCUUUUGUACCAUUUCAAAUCACUCGGCUGCUAACAAGAGAAAUCACUCGGCUGCUAAUUACAAGAAAAGGGAAACACGUUGACAUGCCAAAUACUGGCGAAAGAACCAUAUUUCCCUCCUUUCUCCACACCCACUGGAGAGACGCGACCCCCUUUUUUUCCAGGCGCAGGAGUUAAGACUUUCCAGGAGCCCCCUGUGUUUCUCUGAACCCGUCCCUCCCCCCCAGCGGAGGGUUUAUUUCUAACACCGGUUUAUUUCUAAACAAACUUGUGGCAUUUGUCCAGUUCAAAAAAAAGGGGGGGUGGGGGUGGGGGAAGGGCAGAGAUCAUUUUUUAUCCUUAUUAAUGAUCAGCGGGUUGUUGCGGUGAAUUUUAACCAGCUCUUCCGCCAGAUCCAUUUUUUUAAAGCAAGCAAACGACCCAAUAUUGGGGGGUGGGGUGGGGGGAGGAGGAAAGGAAAGGGGAGAAAGUAGCCAAGUGGCCCCCUGGCUCCUGGGCCCCCCCUGCUGGUUCCUCUUUCCCGCCCGCCCCUGCCUGGAAAGGGAAGGCACAUGUUAAUACCAGCCGGCGUGGUGGGUUUGUGGUGCUGCCGCUGCGGAUUGCGGAGUCCGAGACAGAUGUUGCGCCACCAGAGCCUCCUCAAGUGCCGCUGCCGCAUGUUGUUCAAUGACCUGAAGGUCCUCCUGCUCCGGAGACCCCCCGCGCCCCCUCCGCCCUCGCCUCCCCUCCCCAUGGACAGCGGAGACCCCCGCCCGGGCGAGCCGGCGGCCAACAACAACACCCUGCCCGCGCUGCAUGGGGGGCGAGGGGGCGCCUGGAGGGCGCCGGCCGCAGGCGGGGGCGGCCCGGCCAGCCCGCCCGAGGAGGAGUGGGGCAGCCCGGCCGGCGAGCCCCCCGCGCCCGCCUUGAGCAGCGCGUCCUCGGAGGACUUCUGCAAAGAGAAGGCGGAGGACAGGUACUCGCUGGACAGCGGCAUGAGGACCCCGCUCUGCAGGAUCUGCUUCCAGGGGCCCGAACAGGGGGAGUUGUUGAGCCCGUGUCGAUGCGAUGGAUCGGUGAAAUGCACGCACCAGCCUUGUCUGAUCAAAUGGAUCAGCGAGAGAGGCUGCUGGAGCUGCGAGCUGUGUUACUACAAGUAUCACGUCAUUGCCAUAAGCACAAAGAACCCUCUGCAGUGGCAGGCCAUCUCUCUGACAGUCAUUGAGAAGGUUCAGAUUGCAGCAGCCAUCUUGGGUUCCCUCUUCCUCAUCGCCAGUAUCUCGUGGCUCAUCUGGUCGACCUUCAGUCCUUCCGCCAAAUGGCAGCGCCAGGACCUGCUCUUCCAGAUCUGCUAUGGAAUGUAUGGCUUCAUGGACAUUGUCUGUAUAGGUCUAAUAAUACACGAAGGGCCCUCGGUUUACCGGAUUUUCAAACGGUGGCAGGCGGUAAAUCAGCAGUGGAAAGUGCUGAACUAUGACAAAACAAAAGACAUGGAGGACCAAAAAACAGGGACCAGGACAAACCUCCGAACCUCCUCCCAAACCAACCAUUCGUCCUCCACCGGUGGUACAGCCAGCAACUCCGCUUCAGCCGACAACGGGGUCCGGGGCACUAGCCACGCCACCGGCACCCUGUCUGACCACCACUGUGCUUACACCAUCUUGCAUAUACUCAGCCAGCUCAGGCCUCACGAACAGAGAAGCCAGUCUAGCACUAACAGAGAGCUCGUCAUGAGGGUCACAACAGUCUGAGUGAUGGAAUUCAGGAGGCCUUAACGCGAAGUGAAGGAGACAAAGAACUCAAGAGCGGAGAAGCAUGGUGUGCCUUUAAUUUUUUGGGUAGCUGCACAAGGCGUAUAAGCAGCGCUUGGCCAACUGAGGAAGAAGAAGGUGGAGGCAGAGCUGCACACACAUGCUAAAGAGGUUAACGUUUUCCAGCCAGUCAAUAUUAUUUAAAAAAAACCAACAAAACAAGUGCAAUACGGACUAACAACUGACUAGGUGGAGGUUGGGGGAAGCAGGGGAACAGCCGGUAUUAGCAUGUCUUACAAGUUCUAUUAGCUGGGAUGGGUAAUGUUCUGCAAACACACACACACACACACCCCACACUCACACACACACACAGUGUGGGAUGGUUACAAACAGAAGGGGAAUGACGGAAGCGACGUAUUCGGAGGAGUUUUCAGAUUGUGUUAAGCAGGGAUCUGAGUCAUCGCUUUGUUUCAUAAAUCAUUCCGGAGCCCUGGAUUACUCGCGAUAGAGUAUUGCCGCUGAAGUGGCUGGGGAUUUUUCAGUUUUAAUAUUAAAAAAAAAACCGUCCAUAUUUCACCAAAACAAAAAAUCGCCAAGGGGUUUGGAGAAUGGUGUUGGGAGAGGGUUUGACAGACAUUUUUUUUUGGCAAAGUUUGUACAAAUGCGGUGUGGGAGUUUGAAGCACAAGCACUGGUCCAAUGACCCCAAAUCCCACAUUCAAACCUUCCCGCUCACAAAAACCAUCCUCCAGGCAGACUUUGAGAAAGGGGGUUGCUCUGGGUUAAUUUCCUCUCAUACCCCAUCACCCCCAAUUGAUUACAUUAGGCCAAUCCCAUCUCCACAGCUUUCUCCUGCAUCUGUGAUCAGACUCUCAUAAGAGAGGGUUUUUUUAAUCUUUAUAUCCCUGCUGCUCAAUUUGCAAGAGAGUCUCACUCAAUCUUAUAGGUUAAGUCCUUGAUAUCCAGUUUGCUGAACGACUGAGUGGAAAAGACUAAAUGAUGAGCUAACAAAGACUUAGUCUGAAGAGGGAGCACAGUCCCUGAGUGAAUAUAUUAUGCUUUUAAUAAGUCUCCUUCUCUAGGAGCUAUCCAUGAAAGUACCAAUUGCUCUUCAGAAACAUCCUCUUUCAAUGCACAAUGGCGGAAUCAUUUGUGGGUAUUAAAGGGACACUGUCAAGUACUUUUUAAAUAGUUUUUAGGGGCUUUUUUACUCGCCAUCGUUUGUCAUAUUCUCUUAAAAGCUUGAAAAUAAAAAUUAUUUCCCUACUGAUUUUUGUCCUUUUCCAUUUGGCACACACUGUUCUUCCCUGGCCAGGCCCUUGUCCUACUGUGCCCUCCCCCACCCUGUCCCUCUCCUCCCCGUCUACUGCAGCAGGAAGUCAAAUGUAUCUGGGCCCUGUUUACUUUUAUGUGCCCCAGCAUUGCUGACGGUGCUGCAUCACAGCCCUGGAGAACAGAGCUGUUUUGUUAGCAUAGCUGCUGCGGUAGAAGAGAAGAAACCAUGGCAAUGCGGAGUGUUAACUGGUUUUGGAGCAACGGCACAGCAAAUCAAAAAUAACUAACGCCACAGUGGUCAAACCUGGUGCCUGGAGUUAGCCACCAAAACCCAUAUGUAAGCAGAUGAACGAAAGCAGCGUGAUUUUCAGCUGCGCUGGGGGUCUCCUGUCUUAGGGGUUUAUAUUACCAUCCUUCACCAUGGUAUCUGAGCGCCUCUUGCAGCUUCUGUUGGAGCCAUGGGAGUUGAUUCAUGUGAUUUCACUUUGAUUCAUGCCUCUACAUAUGGAUUUAGCUGAUGAACUCUGGGCGCCCAGGCCUGAAAGCAAUUUAGCACUCAGAAGAGAUAAGCAUUUUAAGGAAGGUCACAUUUUUGGGCCUCCAUUGCUUGACAGUGUCCCUUUGAAUAUCAGAAUGUACCAGAACAGGUGGCUUUAUGGCAGAUGACGUGUGGGUUCUGAAACCCCAGCUGAGUUGAGCUCUGCCCGGAGAUAAGACUUAAUCCCAAGACAGCUGAUGAAAUGAGGAGUCAGGCAAACAAACAUGAUUGCUGGGAGGCCAGUGUCCGUAGCGCUGACCUAUCUCACUGUCUACCAAAGAGUGCUUUUGGUUGGGGUCAGGGCUGUUUUGAUGACCUCUGAAAGGUGCUGUUGGGAGCUUGUCUCUUAUGGGGCUACUCCUGUGGCAAAGUCUGGUUAAAGCAAGAGAACACAGCAGCCUUUUCAUGCCCAGGGGCUUUUCCAAAGGGCAGUGUCCUUGUCACAAAAGAUGGCCGCUUGUGAUGCUCUGAUGGGGUGGGGGUUGUCAGACAUACUAUUAAGUAGUGUCAUCUGAUCCCCUCCAACUCCCAUUAUGUAAUAAGGAAAACCAAAUUCCUUUCACUGGGGUUAGCAGGUUGGGAGUUUAUAAGGUCAGAAGCACAUCUCACCAUGAAAGAGAGGCGUGGCCUGGUGGGCUGAGCACAGAAUGGAGUCAGCUCACUCCAGCUCUGCCACCAACUCUCUCUGUAGCCUUGGGCAAGUCCCUUAAUCUUUCUGGCUCAGUUCCCCAUCUGCAAAAUGGGGAUGAUAAUACUUACCUACCUCACCGGGGUGUUAUGAGACUCAGUGUUUGCAAAGCCCAUUGACCUGAUAAGGUAGUGUGUGUAAAAUAGAGAGCAAUGAGCUGGUUAGCAGGAAUGGGCACCCACUGCCCUUUGCUGGACAAAUUUCAAACUGCUCAGCUCGGUGUAUCAUAGCCCCUACACUGUUACCAGAGAGUCCCCUUUUUCUGCAGUGGUAGGGUGCUGUCUUAUCCCACCCCCACUGUCGCAUGACAGUCUGAGUGGCUGUACUGUGCAGCAUAGGGACAACCACACGGUCCUACUUGGUCAUGGAUUUGUUACAACAUUUUCUAUACACGUGCUUUCCAUGCAAUGGGCUUAGAAAUACAUUUUCCAGUUACAACUGGCCUGUCUGGGUCUGUGCUGUUGAGUGGCCGCAGCCUCCCUCAUGGGUGGAAAGUCCUCUUGUUUGGCUUACUGACGAUGCUACGGAGCCCAGGUUCAGAGACGGUGACCUUCUGGUUUAAGAAUCAAAGACCUGUUUCAGCUAUUUAAUAGCCAAACCAAAUGAACAGAACUUGCAGGGUUUGCCAAGUUCAUCAAUGACUGGGCAUCAGAUACUAUGGUGACAAGGAGCACUUAAGUACCUAGCAUAAUGACAGGUUUC